AAAAUUUCAGAUACAAUCUAUGAUGGUGAUGGUCGGAAUACAUAAACCAUGCAGGAAUUUUUAAAUAUUUGAACACUAAUUGGACCCAGUAUGAGUAAACAAUUCCAAUAUGACAACUGGAAAAUGAACAAUUUAAUAAUACAUCUUAAGCGUGAGAAGGCAGUUCUGUGAACAUCACCUUGUUUUUUUUCUACUGAGCCUUAUUGUUUCUCUUGCCCAGUUCUUUAUCUGUUUUGAAAGUAAUCCAGCUGGCAUCAUAUUUUCUUCCGUCUCGUGUAAUCAUUGGACAAGAACAACGCUUACUGCACUCCAAUGGCUGACUAAUCUAAUCUCUCACUGAUACAAGAUAUAACGAGAGCUCAGUGAGUUAAAGGAGGGAAUUUAACUGUGCUAGGCUAUUUCUUCUAGCUAAGAAAAAGUCAAUGAAGACCUGCCCCACUUGGAUCGGGUGGAAAACUCUUCAACCAACUACAUUUAAAGCCUGGGGACUGAAUUGCUCACAGGAAGGAUUCAUUUGUCAUAAAGUGUACAUUACGUCGUAGGACCUAACAAACUAUACUAUUCAGUUGGAUGAGUUCAACAAACGCCCACGUCAUCUGGCAUGGGAAAAAGAAACUGAGGACUCCACCUAAUCUCAGUAUAAACACUUUGGGAUUUGUUUUUAAUUUUUGGGAUACAGCAGGAAAACACAAGGAAUACAGAUCCAACAGGUCCUGUCAGCCUUGUUUGUUGUCAUCAUGGUGGAGAGGAGAUAUUCAAACAGAAUCCACAGGGAGGAACUGGACGAAGGUGUUGUGGAGAAACUGGCUCGGAAUUUGCCAUCAAAAACGUCUAUGUGUGACAAGGUCAAACAUUCACUCAGGUGCACUACUCCCAGAGUGAAGAGGUCCCUUCUGGGAAAGAUCCCUCUUCUGUUGUGGUUGCCUCAUUACUCCAUCAAAGAAAAUGCACUGGGUGACCUCAUCUCUGGACUCAGUGUGGGUAUCAUGCAGCUGCCCCAAGGUAUGGCGUAUGCCUUGCUUGCGGCCGUUCCUCCAGUUUUUGGCCUUUACUCCUCCUUCUACCCUGUCCUCAUCUACUUCAUCUUUGGCACAUCCAAGCACAUCUCAAUAGGAACAUUUGCAGUGAUUAGUGUAAUGCUCGGCGGGGUGACAGAGCGAUUAGCCCCAGACUCAAACUUUAUGAGGUGGAACAAUGUGACCAACGAGAGUGUAAUGGAUGUCUUCUCCCGCGAUGCAGAACGGAUCCGAGUGGCUACUGCCGUUACUUUCUUAGCAGGAUUAUUUCAGAUCCUGCUCGGCCUGGUCCAUUUUGGAUUUGUGGUGACCUACCUGUCAGAGCCGCUGGUCCGAGGUUACACCACAGGCGCUGCAAUCCAUGUUAUUGUGUCUCAGCUCAAAUACAUCUUUGGAAUCAGCCCCUUCAGACACAGCGGACCUCUCUCCUUGAUAUAUACAGUGCUGGAGAUAUGUUAUUUAAUUCCAAAGACCAAUGUUGGGACUCUGGUGCUCAGCAUUGUUGCCCUGAUUAGCCUCAUCCUUGCCAAAGAGCUCAAUACAUUCUUGAGUAAAAAAAUACCUAUCCCGAUACCUGUGGAGUUGCUUGGUAUCACUAUAGCUACGCUGGUAUCCUGGCAAGUAAAUUUACAGGAAGAAUAUGGAGUGGAUGUAGUUGGAGAAAUUCCAUCAGGCCUCCAGCCACCCAUUUUUCCGGCCGCCUCGCUCUUUGUUCAGGUGAUUGGGGACGCUUUUGCCCUGGCUGUGGUUGGCUACGGCAUUGCCAUCUCACUGGGAAGGAUCUUUGCACUGAAAUAUGGAUACAAGGUGGACAGUAGCCAGGAACUGAUAGCCUUGGGGCUCAGUAACUCCAUUGGGUCACUGUUCCAGUGUAUCACCGUCAGCUGCUCCAUGUCCCGCUCUAUGGUUCAGGAGAGUACAGGAGGAAAGACUCAGGUUGCUGGGGCGCUAUCAGCCAUUGUUAUUCUUUUCAUCACCCUGUGGAUUGGAGCUCUGUUUGAAGACCUGCCCAAGGCAAUGCUGGCUGCCAUCAUUUAUGUGAACCUACAUGGUAUGAUGAAGCAAUUCAUGGACAUACCUGCACUGUGGAGGAGUAACAAAACAGACAUGAUGGUCUGGGUUGCCACUUUCCUGCUUACUCUGCUGUUGAACCCUGACCUGGGACUUAUUGCUGCUAUUGGCUUCUCAAUGCUUACAGUCAUCUUCAGGACACAGCUACCAAAGUACUCCAGAUUAGGGCAGGUUCCAAACACAGAAGUAUAUUGGCCUUUGGAGGACACCAAUCACGUGAGAGAAGUGCCCGGUAUUUUGAUCUUCCGAUCUUCUGCUACACUCUACUUUGCCAAUGCUGAGAUGUAUCAAGACGCUCUGGGAAAGAAGUCUGGCUUUGACAUCACCAAAAUCCUGUCAGCGAAGAAGAAACUUGAAGCCAAAAGGAAAAAGUAUGAGAAGGAAAAAGCCAAAAAUCCUGCAGAGAGCAAUGUGUCUGAUAUGGUGGAGGAGCAUGAGAAGGAUGUAGCCACCAUUCAAAUGGAUUUUGAGCUUGAUCCGUCAUUUCCCAGAGCCAUCAUCCUCGACCUCAGCCCUGUCAAUUUCUUAGACACUGUGGGAGUCAAGACCUUGCAUGGUAUUGUCAAAGAUUACGGGGAAAUUGGUGUGGAGGUGGUGCUUGCGUGUUGUCAAUCUUGUGUCGUAGAUAAUCUGCAAACAGGCGGUUUCUUCAACGACAAAGUGACAAUGUCUCGUCUCUUCGCCACCGUCCAUUACGCUGUGCUUCACUGUCAGAUGGUGCAAACGUACCUCUGAGGAGAUCACAGCAACACAUUUCUGAGUGGUAUGAGAGAUAUCAUGAAGAUGAAAGACAAGAGGAUUAUACUCACUGGACUCGCAUAAGUGAGACUCGUAUGCACAGGCCAUUGAUGGGAUGAGAACCAAAACGAAAACAACAGAAUGCAAAUAAAAAUCAUUUUGGAUUUA